AUGGUCAAGGCCGUUGUUGCGGGUGCCUCUGGAGGCAUUGGACAGCCCCUAUCCCUUCUGCUGAAGCUGUGCCCUCUUGUCGACGAGCUCUCUCUCUACGAUGUCGUCAACACACCCGGUGUUGCCGCCGACCUUUCCCACAUCUCCUCAAACGCUAAAGUCGCAGGCUACCUACCACCCAAUGACGGAGGCAAGGCCGCCUUCAAGGACGCAGACCUCAUCGUCAUCCCUGCCGGUAUUCCCCGCAAGCCGGGCAUGACCCGCGACGAUCUCUUCAACAUCAACGCUGGCAUCGUGAAGGGUCUCAUCGAGAUUGCUGCCGAAGUCGCUCCCAAGGCGUACAUUCUCGUCAUCUCCAACCCCGUCAACUCCACCGUCCCCAUCUCUGCGGAGGUGCUGAAGGCCAAGGGUGUCUUCAACCCCCAGCGCCUCUUUGGCGUUACGACUCUGGACAUUGUCCGAGCUGAGACCUUCGUCGCCGAGAUCGCCGGCAAGGCCAACCCUCAGGAGCUUACCGUCCCCGUUAUUGGCGGUCACUCUGGCGAGACCAUUGUGCCCCUCUUCAGCCAGGUUAAGCCUAGCGUCACCAUCCCCGAUGACAAGUACGAUGCUCUUGUCAACCGCGUGCAAUUCGGUGGUGACGAGGUUGUAAAGGCCAAGGAUGGCGCUGGUUCUGCUACCUUGUCUAUGGCCUACGCUGGCUACCGGUUCGCCGAGAAGCUGCUCAAGGCUAUCAAGGGCGCAAAGGGCCUUGUCGAGCCCAGCUACGUCUACCUGCCUGGUGUCCCAGGCGGCAAGGAGAUUGCCGAGAAGACUGGCUGCGAGUUCUUCUCCGUCCCAAUUGAGCUUGGCCCCAACGGUGCCGAGAAGGCGAUCAACAUCCUCGGCGAUAUCACGGACAAGGAGAAGACCUUGCUGGACGCUGCCGUCAAGGGACUCAAGGGCAACAUCGAGAAGGGCAUUACCUUUGCCCACAACCCCCCUCAAAAGUGA